AUGUGUGCUCUUCACAAGCACUCCUCCUCCUCCUCAGCUUGUCGGAGACAAGAGCUUCAUGACGAGACGACUCCUUCAGACACGACAACGUCAUCAACUCAAGACGACAACAAGAAGGAAUCUUGUAUCAUGAUGAAACGAGAGGAGUUGAGUAGAAAUUGGGAACUUGUUGUCGCGAAUACAACAACAGAACUGUCAGAGAAUCCUCAGGCUCAUGCAACUGUUCAUCAUGGUGAUGAUGAUGGUCAUGAUUCCACUCAAUGCACAGAACAGACAACCUCUUGUUGGAAUGAGGAGAUGGGAUGGGAUUAUCAUUUGCAUUUACCUCCGGAAAUAUUAGCGAAAAUAUUCUCCUAUGUUGCUUGUGAGCCAAUUUUUCUCUAUUGUUUUUCUCCCCUAUCAAAUGUUUGUAAAGUAUUUAGGAGAGUUUUGCAACGGGGUCUAGGUUAUCAUGAUGAUCAAGUAACCGACAAAAGGAUCAAGAAAUUGAGCUUUCUUUCUCUACAAAUAUCAAAUCAAGUUUUCAACAUAAUUUAA